AUGCUUGCAGUCGUGGCCUUGUCUUCAGAGUCCAAAGCCACGGCAUGCACACCUCGGGCGAUCCAGUUACUCAUCUUGCGCAUCAUCGCAGUACUGGUCGCCUUGUAUUUCUUUCUGGUGGGACUUGACCUGAUGGGAAGAGCGUUGGUGGUAUUGGGUGGCAAAGGAGCUGCUGCACUCUUUACAUCUACAGGAAAUCCUGUAAAUGGCUUGGUAAUUGGCAUCAUGGCCACUGCUCUUGUGCAGUCGUCGUCCACAAGCACCUCUGUCAUUGUAGGCCUGGUUGCGGCCGACCAGAUAUCUGUACGUGCGGCCAUUCCAGUGGUCAUGGGUGCGAAUGUCGGAACAUCAAUAACUAACACAAUCGUGUCCAUUGUGCACGCUGCUAGUCCGACUGAGCUGGAGCAUGCCUUUGCAGGAGCGACGGUGCAUGAAAUGUUCAACUUGCUUACAGUUCUUAUUCUGCUACCCACGGAGAUAGUCGUGGCAUCCAUCAAUGGUGAUGGUGGACCAUUGUACCUUGUCUCGAAGGCCGUCACGGAAGCUGCAAUGGGUGCAGGGGCUCGUGAUGUCACCUUUAGCUCCCCUACGAAGUCGAUCGUGGCUCCUCUGACAGAUUAUUUACUGGAUCCAAACAAAGAUGUUAUGAAAGCGGUGUCUUUGGGAGCGCCGGUGCCCAGAGAAGUGCCUGCCGGAGCGAACACCAGCCUGUGCUCAGCGUGGCUGAACUGCGCCGAGUACUUCUGUGUGUCGACUUCUACGCAGAAAGCUUGGAGGAAAUUAGAUGUGGACGGUUUCGCCUCCUUGACAAAGUGCAUUCAUGUAUUGAGCUUCCCAGAUGGCUGCACGCAAUCGUCGGACUGUUACCUAGAAGCUGGCAAGUUUUAUUCGAUCUCGAUCGAGGGUGCUCGUACCCUUGAUUCUGGAAUGUUUGCCCGUGUCGGUGAUGUCGUUGGAGGAACCUUCGGACUCGUUCUUUCCUUCGUGCUCAUUGCAGGGUCGCUGCUCUGCCUCGUUACAGUGCUGAAUGCACUCGUGACUGGCUGGGCCAAGAAGAUGAUGAGACGUGCUACCCAGACGAACGACUGUCUAGCGGUGGUCCUCGGUUUUACUGUCACUGCAGUCGUACAAUCGAGCAGUGUGACAACCUCUACUUUAAUUCCUCUCUGUGCCCUGCAGGUCUUGCCGAUGCAGAAAAUGCUGCCCAUAACCAUCGGUGCAAAUCUCGGAACAACAUGCACGUCCCUCAUCGCGGCGCUGGCUGUACUUAAGCCAGACACCAUGCAGAUUGCCUUGUGCCAUCUGUUCUUCAACAUCUUCGGAUUGCUUCUUUGGUUCCCAGUGCCACUUGCGCGUACACUACCUGUGAAAGCAGCCUGUAUGCUUGGCUUUUAUGCAUCCUGCUGGCGAAUGUUUCCCGUUAUCUAUGUGCCCACCACUUUCAUUGCUCUUCCAAGCCUUUGCCUCGCACUUUCUCUGCUCUAUGAAAGGAGCGUCGUGGGAGGCGUCAUGGCAACAGCUUCGUUUGUGAUGAUACUUGCUGUGUUUGUGGUUUGGUGGUGGAUGGGUGGCUGUUACGUGGUGGUUAGCAAAGAGAUCCGUCGCGAGAGGGCUGAGCAGAAGGCAAGGGAGCUUGAACUUGCUAGAGAGUCUCCAAAGGAGUCUCCAAAGGAGAAGACGACGUGGAUCAGGUCAAACCUGUCCAAGUCGACUCAGGACGCUCAGCUUCUCGUGGUGGUUGAAAGCGGCAAAGAGCCGAGCGAGACUCAAACAGUAGGAGCCCUGCAUGCAGCCACCACAGAAUUUUGCAAGGAGAUUAUCGAAGCUCCAGUGCCCACAGAAAGCGGCUCGCUUGAAUCGUGGGCGUUCUAG